UUAGUGUUUUUGUGACAUUGUGCUAUGAUUGACUAGAUGUUCCUGAAAAGAGAACGUGUGUUUGGUAGACAUGGUGUCAUGUUUAGUGUAUUUUUGUGUUAUGACAAUCAGUGUUUCAGUUUAGUUUACAAUGUGUGAUUUAAGUAUGAAAUGAACAGUUUUACCAAUUGUGUGUGGUAGGUGUGUUGGUGCGUUAAGAGUUUAGAAAAGUUGUUUAAGAUAUUGAAAAAACUGUCAUAGCGAUUGUAAAAAACUGUAACUCAAAACGGAAAGGGUUGGUACUACGCUUCGUUGCUGAUUGGAUGCAGUAACUAACAAGAAAUUGAUCAACAGAAGUACAAAAUGCAAUAGCCAGACAGAGUUACGUGCACCAGGACAUUUGUUUGGCCAUCGAAGCAUGUAGCAAAUAAUACGCUACUUAUGCAAAAUUAUUAAUUACUUCAAUCUAUUUCUUAUUUCUUUCAGAAUGGUCCUGGUGGGGAAGACAGGAGCAGGAAAGAGUGCAUCAGGAAACACUAUCCUGGGAACAGAGCAGUUCCAGGUAGACUUUUCUGCCCAGUCAGUGACAAGACAGUGUGAAAGGGCCAAUGGAAAGGCCAGUGGAACAGAGACCAUGGUGUCUGUCAUAGACACCCCAGGCCUGUUUGACUCUGAGCUCUCAGAGUCCUCUGUCAGGACUAAGCUGGUGGAGUGCAUCGCCCUCUCCUCCCCCGGACCCCACGUCUUCCUGCUGGUGGUGGCCCUCGGACGCUUCACAGAGGAGGAGCAGAUGGCGGUAGCCAGGGUCCAGGAGAUCUUCGGAGAGGCAGUAUCGAAACACACAAUGGUCCUGUUUACCUGUGGCGACAAACUGAAAGGGAAAAAGAUUGAGGACUUUAUUGAAGCAAGGGAUGCAACUCUGCAGAAACUCAUGAAGGAGAGUGGGAACAGGUACCACGUCUUUAACAACGAGAACAUGGAGGACCGAGAACAGGAGCAGCAGCUGCUGGAGAAGGUCACAGUCAUGACGGAAGAGAACCGAGGACAGUUCCACACCAACGACAUGUACCAAGAGGUAGAGAGCGCCAUCCAGAGGAGACAGGAGGAACUCAGACAGCGGUACGAAAAAGAGCCCAGAGUGAAGGAAAAACUGGAGUCAGAGUUAGAGCGCAUGAUGGGGGAAAUGAAGUUAAAAGACAAAACGAUAGAUGAUCUGAGGAGGCAAGUUCUUAGAGAAGAAGCAGAAAAAGACAUUGACAAGAACCCUGGGAUGGUGGAUCAAUUUGCAAAAGUAUUGUGGCCAGACUGCUCCACUCAAUGAAAUUCAAAAGAACCUCCCCCUGCCUGUCACACAUGUUUAUAUCUUUGCAGACAUUUUAUCUUUCUUAUUGUACAUUACCUGCCAGCUCACGUGGGGUUAAGUUGUCAUUGUAACUUUACCUAUUGUAUUGCAUUUCCACAUCACAUGUAUUUAAAUAUGAUCAGUAAUCCACAUACACCAAGUGAACAAACCAAUAGGUUGUGCUUGAAAACUCUCUGGUCAGUGUAUCCUCUCAGUAAACACGUAAAGGUUUUUUUUUUUUUUUUUACAAUUCCCUCCAUUAAUGACAGGGAAAAUGAUCAAUCAUGUGACCUUGUGACGGCCGUACCAUAUCCCGCACAGCAGCCUUAACAUUGAUAACUGUUACGCUUCUAUAACCUUUCCCAUAUGAUACUUUCUGUUAUGAUUUUGACCAUAUGUAUUGACAUACAUUAUGCACAUACACAUAUCAAGUCAUAACAUUACACAUGGGCUUAGAUCUGUUCCUUUAUGUUCUUUAUCUUACAUGUUUGUUGGUCAGAGCAUGGCACACUUCCUGGUUUUGAUUAAUGGACAGGCUUACUAUAACUGAACCUUUUGACAUUUGUCUUCCCCCACGUGUCUUUAUUGGUUUGACCUGUUUGUAUAUGUACUCUCGAUGUCUUAGAGUGGGUGUCAUUCAGUUUGAUUGUGGGCUCAGGCAUGUGCCUGUUUUGGAAACAAUAAAGUGAUAAUUCUACCUACGAUUCCUCGUGCUUCACUGUUGGGUCCAUCACAGACCUGUUGAGAAGUGGAAUUGAUAUUGCUGAAAAUAACAAGUGAC